GAACCCCGGGGCCAGCCCGGCUGCGGCAAGUCAGGCAGUCUUUGGCAGGAGCACCGGGCAUGGGCUUCGGCCCAGGGUGCAGGAGGCGCGCACCCCCCGGCCGGAUGGGCGGCGCACUCAGGGCCCAGGAGGCCAUCCCAGGGGAGCCCCGCCAGCCCCCGCUGGAGCCCGAGCUGCAGCUGCCACCUGCAAGUGGUGCGCUGGCUGCAGCGGUGGCAACCCCGGAUCCCGUCCUCCCUCCUCGCGCCCAUCAGCGCGGACCCCGGGGGCGACGCAGUGGCGAAGUCGGGCUGUGGGCCCAGCGGCGGCACCAGGCGGAGAAGCACCACUCAACCCCAUCCCUGGGCUGCAGAGGGCCCACCGCGGGGGGGGGGGGGCUCCGAGCGUCCGCAGCCGGUGGAAGAGGAGAAGAGCGCGUGGGCGACAGUCAAACAGGCCCUGGGGCAGGGCGCGCCUCGCGCUCCAGGGAGCCCCGCCAGCCCGCGGCAUCUGAGCAGCAACUGCCGCCUGCACUGGGCGCGCGCGAGAGAGCUGCUAGGGCGGUUUCUCCCACUCGGGCCUGUUGGGCGGGGCCGGCUAAGGUGCGCGUGCUCGCUGGUCCUAACUGUUCUGUUGGGAGUUUCUGCUGAGAGGCGGGAGGCGCUGAGAGACUGUGCGCAGGUCCGUGGACAGACUGCAUUGCUUGUUGUUGCGCUUCGGAGGCGGCGAUUCCCGAAGGCGAGCUACGGCUGGAGCGUUCCCAGGCUACAAUUUGCAGCCAUGAUUGUGGAAGACUACGAGGAGGAGUGGUGGCCCACCCUCAGGGAGCGCUUGUGCUCGGAUGGCUUCUCAUUUCCCCAAUACCACAUUAAAUCGUCUCAGCUGAGGAGGAUCCACAGAGCUGUCUUCAAUGGUAAUCUGGAGAAACUGCGCUACCUUCUGAUGACAUUUCAUGACGCCAAUAAGAGAGACGACAAGGGAAGGACUGCCCUACAUUUGGCCUGUGCCACUGGCCAACCGGAAAUGGUAUUUCUGCUGGUGUCCGCAAGAUGUGAGCUUAACCUCUGCGACUGUGAAUGCAGGACACCUCUGAUCAAGGCUGUACAACUGAGGCAGAAGGCUUGUGCAACUACUCUGCAGCAAAAUGGCGCCAAUCCAAAUAUUAUGGAUUUCUUUGGAAGGACUGCUCUACACUAUGCUGUGUAUAACGAAGAUACAUCCAUGAUAGAAAAACUUCUUUUAUAUGGUACAAAUAUUGAAGAAUGCAGCAAGACUGAACGUCAACCACUUUUAUUUGCUGUAUGUCAAAGAAAACUGAAAAUGGUGGAAGUUUUAUUAAAGAAAAAUGCAAAUAUAAAUGCAAUUGAUUGUCUUAGCAGAUCAGCCCUCAUACUUGCUGUUACUCUUGGAGAAAAAGAUAUAGUCAUUCUUCUUCUGCAGCACAAUAUUGAUGUGCUUUCUCAAGAUGCAUAUGGAAAGAUUGCAGAAGAUUAUGCCAUUGAGGCUGAGAAUAUAGUCAUUUUCAAACUAAUUUCUGAAUACAGAAGAAAGAAAUGUGAAGAGCUUUCUAUAUAUAGCAAUCCAGUGUCUUCUCAACCAGCCUUGAAGGCUACAAGUGACAAGAAAGAUUCUGUUUCAAAUAUAGCCACAGAAAUAAAGGAUGGAGAAAAAUCUGGAACAGUGUCUUCUCAGAAACAACCGGCCUUGAAGGAUACAAGUGACAAGAAAGAUUCUGUUUCAAACGUAGCCACGGAAAUAAAAGAUGAACAAAAAUCUGGGACAGUGUCUUCUCCGAAACAACCGGCCUUGAAGGAUACAAGUGACAAGAAAGAUUCUGUUUCGAACAUAGCCACGGAAGUAAAAGAUGAACAAAAAUCUGGGACAGUGCUUCCUGCUGUUGAACAGUGUUUAAACAGGUAUGAUUUCACAGAUUUUUUAAAGUGAUAUGUUAACAUAGUGAAUAGAGAGAAUAGAAACUAGUAUCCGUUAAGUGUUCUACUCUGUGCUAGACAUCAUAUUACAUGCUAAUAUUUAUCAGGUCAUGUAAUCUCCACACAUCUUUACAAACUAUUUGUGCUAUUAUUGCUUUUUUACUAAUUAGGCAACUCUGCUUUAAAGAGGUUGAAAUAUUGGCUCAUGAUUCCACGGUUAACAGGUAGCCAACCCAUGAUUUGACCAUCAUAUUGCCUUGCUCUCUAAUCACUUCAUUUGCCCCUAAGCAUAGAUGGAUGCAGACCUCUGCAGCAAUGCGAUCACAGUACUGGUUUAACUCAGAUCAAUUCAGAAAGUCACAUUUUGUUAUAUAUUAUCUUCAGAGUAUUCCUUAGAAGCCUGGAUACUCCAAAAGUUUGUCCAAAUAUUUUGGAAAUGGCAGUGGUAACCAUAUUAAAUUUUUUUUAACCAUCAAAAUUUUAAAGGCAGAUAUCAGUUACUUGAGGCCACAGGACACUAAGUUUUUCGUAAGCAACACCAGGCCAGUCCUAGAAAAAUAUUAUCUUACUGUGCAUGGAGAAUAUCUAAAUAUAGACCAUGUUAUGUUAACUAUAUUUAGCAUACAUUAAAAAGAUAUUUCUAAUUCAUUUCUCUACUUACUGCCUACCCAGUUAGAUUUUCUCAUUAAGUGAGUACCCUGCCUAGUUUGCUGAAGCUUUUUCUUAUUUUAUGGAUUCUUCUUUUUUCCUCCUAUGACAUUUUAGUAUUUUAUUGAUUUCUUUUCACAUUUCCUACUUCUUUUCUUAGGGUUUAACAUCUUCUUUUAUACUUUUCAUAUAUGGCAGCUAAAUAUUCCCCAUUUUCCUACAGACACAAUCAGAGG